AUGUGUGACAAACCUUUCUUUUAUAACCCCGAUAUCGAUACGAAAAUUGCCGGUUUAUAUGAUCUACAACAUACAAUUGGACGAGGACAUUAUGCUGUUGUGAAACAAGCACGCCAUGUAUUUACUGGUGAGAAAAUUGCAGUGAAAGUAAUCGACAAGACCAAACUGGACAAUGUUUCACGAGAUCAUUUGUUUCAGGAAGUUGUAUGCAUGAAACUUGUUCAGCAUCCAAAUGUGGUUAGAUUAUAUGUAGUUAUUGACACGCCAACCAAAUUGUAUCUCGUUCUUGAGUUAGGUGACGGAGGAGACCUAUAUGAUUACAUAACAAGUCAUGGCGAUGGUCUAAGUGAAAAAGUUGCAAAACGGUAUUUUCGCCAAAUAGUAACUGCCAUUGCUUAUUGCCACAAGUUAAGAGUGGUUCAUCGAGAUCUAAAACCAGAGAAUGUAGUUCUUUUCGAGAAACUGGGUUUGGUUAAGUUAACAGAUUUUGGAUUCAGUAAUAAAUUUAUUCCUGGCACUAAUUUAGACACAGCUUGCGGCUCGUUGGCUUACUCAGCUCCGGAGAUAUUGCUGGGUGACUCAUAUGAUGCUCCAAAAGUGGAUAUUUGGUCCUUAGGUGUGAUAUUAUAUAUGCUUGUCAGCGGAAAUUUGCCUUUUCAAGAAACAAAUGAUAGUGAAACGUUAACGAAGAUCAUGGAUUGUGAUUAUUCCAUGCCUUCACAUUUAUCACCAGACUGUAAGCGGCUUAUUUCUCGUUUACUAAUACGUGAUCCACAAAAGCGUGCUCAUCUUGAUGAUAUCCUACAAGAUGACUGGCUAAAGCUAGAUGAUAAUGACUUACCUAUUGAGCUGUUUUCUGUCCCCUUGAUAUCUCGUGAACAUCUUUCAUUUGAAGACCAUAUGGAGAUUCUAUCCAAAAUGGCUGAGGGUCAACUGGCGUCUGUUGAUGAAAUACAGUCUACUUUAGAUCGUAAUGAAUACAAUCACAUAGCUGCUACAUACUACUUACUUGCGGAGCGCAAACUGAAACGUAACUACAUAGAAGAAUAUAAACGGUUAGCAAGCCAGUCUCAACUAAUUGAAAAACGAAAACAAGAACAACAAAAAUGUAUCAACUGUGUGUUUGGACUAUCUGAAAAUGCAAAACAAGUGCAGAAUGUUGAAAACAAUAUAACUCCUAAAUCUUUGGUAAAUAGUGUGAUGGGUUCAAGUACUGCGACGCCAACUUCACGCAUUUUAAAUUCUUUAGGCUCAUCAAAUGUAGAGGAUCGUGUCAGGCGUUUCAGUAUGAUUUUAGAAGACGAAGAAGAAGAGGAAGAAAGUAAAGGGUCUCCAAUAGCACCUACUUCAUUCGAUAGGUAUAUUUCAGGUAUAAAUGAGUCAGCGAAAAUGGUCAAUGAUUCAGAUGCCUUACACCGCUAA